UCAGACAAGCCUUAAAACGUCAGCUAACCCAACCCCAAUCCGAAGACCCAAAUACCGCGUGCCGUUCGCUCAGGUCUCUUACCCCCAGUUUUCCCUUUAAAAUACCUUUGCAAACUUAUCCGACCACACCAACGUGGCACCAUCUCAUUCGUCCCAUCCCUCAAAACCACUGAAUCAAACACCGCCACGUUUCAAUGUAAACGAUAACUAUCCUCAUCCUGCGGAGAAGCAGACCGCCAGAGAGGAAACGAGAAAGAAAAAACACCAGAGCCUCCUGUUUUCAAUGCAAGCCCCCCGAUUUCCAGUCUCGGCCCUCUCUUGCUAUUUAUCCCCAAUUUCCUUUCGUCCUCUCUCAAACCCUAGAGAUGUGCCGAUCGACGACCGAAAUCGGGGAGCAUGCCGCGCUUUCUCGCCUCAAGAUUCGUGCUUUCUUUCUCCGCCUCCUCGUUGGCGACAAGCCCUCUGCCGACGCUGUUCUGACGUUGCCGGAGUCGCUCACCCUCAUUUACCUCCCGAGGAUCGAUGGGAACAAGCUCAAGAUAAACGGCACUAAGGUUCGAGCUGAGAAGCCGGUUUUCCUGGCGCUCCAUCGCGCCCAGUCUGUGGAGCGGGACCGGAUGGAGGCUGUCUUUGUUUGUACCGAUCGCGUGUUGGCCGCCGAUGGUGCUUGCUUCGAGGCCUUUUUUGGUGAUGAGAAGCUGUUGAAGGGGGUUUUCCGGCGGUGUAAAGGUGAGUGGGAGGUGGAGUGUAGGGGUGGGGAUGAGGGGGAGAUUGCCUGGGUGGCGGCGGUGGAGAUUUGCGUCGCCGGAGAGAAUGGGUCGUUGAUGGUGGGGAGAGUGGAGAUGGGCGCGAAGCGGGGGAGGAGGAGAGGGUUCUGUUUGAAAUUAGAGGAAAUCCCGGAGGAAUCGGAUGGCUGUGAUUGCUGCUGCUGCGGCGGCGGGGACGAUGAUGAGGGGCGGGAGAUGGUGAGAUCUGACGGUGAGGAUUUGAAAGAGAUGGGCCGUGAGGAUUGUGAGAUGGAGAUGGAGGGGGUGAGAUGGGCGGUGGAUGUCGGGAUUUGGGUCAUGUGUUUGGGGGUGGGGUUUUUGGUUUCCCGGGCUUCCUUCGGUUUCCCCAAAAAACGGCUUUUCUAAAUUUUUUUUUUUUUCAUUUUAUUUUAUUUUUCUUUAGUAAUUAAUUGUGCACCUCUCUCUCAAGAUGUUGAUAUCAAAUAAAUUCUUUUGCGCAAAA